AUGUUAAAACUAAUUGUUUUAAACUGCAUUUUGUUAAUUUAUUGUAUUAAUCUUGUUGUUGGUAUUGAAGAAGAAACCAACGAAGAAAAUGAAAUGUUUUUCGAUGCAAAGGAAGAAUUCGACAUUUCUUCCGAAAUAGAUGAAAUUGAUCAACAUGUAAAGAAUCAAAUUGCUUGGAUUUUGAAAAAUGGUAGUAAAUGUGAUGAACAAGAGAAAUGUGUAAAUAUGUUUUUGAAUGAUAUGGCGAUGUUUAAUGAUCAAGCCCGAUUUGGAGGAAUUUCUGCCUUCUGUGACGACAAUUCGAUUAUUGGCAAGAAAGGCAAAAUUGGGAAUCCAAUUAGGGAAAUGCUCAACGGCAAACAUAAAAAUGAUGACGCAAAAAUUCGUUUGCAUCUUUAUACCGAAUGUGUUGAUAAUUUCUUCAAUAAAGAUAGAGGACUUUUUAGAAUGAAAAAUUCAAAGCCUUUAGAAUUCUCAGAGAUUAACAAAAAACUUCUUCGAGCAUUUUUGCUUACCAAACCUUUGUAUAUUUCAACUAUAAUGUACGAAUCAAUUCAAAAUAAAGACACAAAUGCUUUAUUAGAAAUUGUUUCCACUCAAAAAUUAGAGGAUUUAAAUGUGGCAUUGAAGAUAAUGAUAGCUCUUCAUUCAGAUUUAAAAUUGGUUAAAGUGUAUAAUGAUAAAGUAGAUUUUAAUGAGUUUUCAAAGGUUCAAAAUGUGUUCGAUGGUGAGAAACUUGAAAAAUUUUUAAAUUGGCGUUUUGACCCAAAUUGCAAUGAAAAGCCAAUAGAAGAUAAGACUGGAUGGUUAAACAGAACAAUAAAAAAGAUACAGAAUUAUAUCAAAAAUCCUGAACAAAAGUGCCUAGAAAAUCCUACUAUUGGCCAAUACAUGGAAAUAUUGGAAAGUAAAAACGAACUGAACAAUUUUUUACUUUUUUGUUUCAAUUGUACAAUGAAACCCUUUGCAAAAACAAAUCCAACUAGAAACUCCUUUCAUAUGGACACUUUGAUUCGCUCAAUUAUACUUUCAUAUAGCGUUGACGGAGAAAGCAUUACUCAUCUAAUGAAAGUAAAUGAAAAGAAAGAGCUUGAGGACAAAAUUAACAAUGCUUAUUUUAAUCUUCAAGGAUGGAAUGACAAAGUUUUCAAAUACGCGUGCAAACGCUUUUUAAAUCUUGAAAAUGCUUCCCAAGUCAUGUCCUACAAUCGCUUCAUUGAACAUUAUGGAGAAAUCAUUGUAGCAUUCACAAAUGCUUUAACAAAUGUUGAAAAUCUUGUUAACAUACAAAUUUACAACAAAAAAGUCAAAAUUACAAAUGAUAAACUCUUUAAUGAAUUGAAUAAAGUGUCAGGCUCUUCAAUCCUCAAAGAACUUAUUGAGGGGAUAAAUGAUGAAAUUUUGGUGCAGUCGGGUAAAUUAAAUACUGGAAUGAUAAAAAACCACAAUGAAAAGGAUUCGAUUUUAUUCAGCUCGAAUCAUCUGCGUGCAAAAUAUUUAGCAUUGGCUAUAGCAUUGAAUCACGUUGUGGAAAAAGUGGAUGAUAACGAGAGUAAAGUUAAAGUCAUUAUUUUAAAUAUAUCUAACGAGCAAUUAGACAAGAUUAAAUCAGUUAAUUUUGAUUCGGUUAAAAAAUUAUUGGAUGAAAUUUCCAUAAAAUUGUCUAAACAACACAGUGAUUUUGUUAAUGAUUUGAUAAAUGAAAUGAUAAAUUUGAUUAAUGAUGUUGAUUUUAAAUGUGAGUAACUUAUAUUGAUUUUUAACUUAUAUAACUAUUGAUAAUGGGCCCACGCGUUGUUCCAAGUUCCUUCGGCACAAAAAGGUAGUAUUUAUUUUGGCACGUGAAGUAGACUGCUGGACAGUCGACUAUUUUCACACUUCGGUCGAUUAUUUUGAACUGUGAACAGUCGACUGUGUUGUUGUAGGGCGGUUAAAAUAGGAGCACGGUCAUUUAAUCGACUGUGAAUAGUCGAUUGUUGUUCUGUUGGAAGUGCGAUAGUCGAUUAGUUAAUCUGAUGUUGUUUGCUGAAAUGCACUAUUUAAAUAGUCGACCGUUGUCACCAAAGCACUCG